CCAGGCAUUCGCGCGCUGUUUGAAUUUAAGGUGGGUGUCCGUCUAGAGUUUUGUGUUUGUUCUACUGACGAACAUUGACUUUGCUUAGUGGCGGCAUUGAGCCACAGCCACCACAUAAUUUGAGAGAAAUCCAGUGUUUUCGGUUAUAAAGAGCGUCACAGUUAUAAGUAGUGACACUUCUGUGGAAUUUGCAAUCACUGUCAAGUUGAUUUACUUUUCUCAUCUAGACAUAGUCCCAAGCACGAUCUCAACAUUGUUAUGUGUCUUUCACUGUGCAACAUGUUUGCUUUUCAUGCACUAAUUUCAUGUCAUUUCAUUUUUCACUCUAGUAUUUCAUGAAAUGAUGGAUGUCAGAGAAUCCCGGAUGUGCUCCAAGUGUCGUGUGUCUUUUAACACUGACGAUGAGUUUUGGCUUCACCUUCUAAAUACGGAUUGUAAUGAUUCAAAAAGUGCCACUGAGGUUCAGAACUUGUUGUCCGAUAGUACAAAUUCAAACGAUGAAUCACAAUUCGCAUGUACAUCAGGUAGUAGCUCUCGUGUUGACGGUGUUUUUAGUGGUCUUUGCGACGAGAAUUUUCAGGCAAAAGAAGAUUUUCAAAUGAAGUCCACUUCGCCAGAACACCAGUGUGAAAUAGAUUUGUCUCCUGGAGCAAUUGAAAGAAAUACAGAUUCACCUGCCUUGAGUACCCAGUCAUCCUUAUUCUGUGAUGUCUGUCAAGUACCGUUUACAUCGAUUAAAAAUAAAGAAGAACAUGAAAAUGGUAAAAUGCAUAAAAAGCAAAUGGCGCUGAAGUCAAAAUCCAGUGGUCAAUUGGAUAUCAGUCAGUCAUUGAGCAUUACUUCUGACAUAGCAGAAAGUUUUUCAAAGAUUCACAUUCAGUGGCCACCAGCAACACAAAGUUCUGUGAGCAACAAUUCAACUGCCAACAAAACUGUUGAUACCCACCGUCAACCCACACUGCGUAGUGGUGAUGAAGAGAUCAUCCGUCUCCUACGUCGUUUAUGCUUGACGCGAACAUUAUCCCUUCUUCAGAAUGUGAAUGAAAGCUUCCUUAUUAGUUCAAGAAGUGAUUCACCUGAAACAGAAAUGACAUCCAGUACUAAUGAACGGGAUUUAAUCGCAAUGGUGAGAACUAUCUGCCGUGAGGAGUUACGAGAAAUCUUACCAACAGAUUUACAACAUCCUUCUCACCAGUCCAGAAAUCCCAACACGUAG